AAUUAGCAUUUAUAUGUGUGCCAUUUAAAGAUAGAAGUGAAGUAACAAGAUAAGUACAGCAAUCACAAAAUUGUUCUAGCGCAAUAAUUAUUGUAAUGAAUUCUUCUUUUACACAGUAGUAUCCUUUUUAAAAUUUAUAUAUUAAUUUGUGAUGAAUAUAUAUAUUUUUUAUUCAUAUUUCUGAUACAAUAAUAUAUAACUUUUGUUUAUAAACUUAAUAUAUAAUAAUUUUUAAUUCAUCGAAUAUACUAAUUUUAAAAGAAAAUUAACCGUAUCUUAUAUAGAUUUCUUUGUGUGAGUGGGCUUUUCUUUUUUUUUUUUCUCAAUGGGUACGAGAAUCAAUAUUAAGUAAAAAGAUGGCUUAGAAAAAAGUAAGGUUUAUAUAAAAUAAAUUGUGCAUUUGCCUUUAUAAUUUGCAUAGAAAUUUAUAGGAAAAACAUUUCCUUACAAGAAAAGGAAAAGGGAAAAAAAAAAAAAAGCACUGUAUUAUUUAUUUUAAUAAAAAAAUACUUUUAUCUUUAAAGAAAUAGAAAAUGAAAGCAACAAUUAAGUAGGCGCCCAAUCUCCAUUCGUAUAUAAUUUGGUGAUUGAAAAAAAAAAAAAAAAAAAAAAACCGUUGCCCUUUAAAAGUCCAAACACAGCUAACUGUCACCUUCAAAACCAAAAACAAGCGAUUCCAGAUUCCUUCUCUCACGAAUCUCUCCCGACACAAUCUCCGUAACAACACCCAAAAAAAAUUCACAAAAGAAAAAAGCGAAACCCUAAACCUAAGAAUUCACUCAAUUGCGUGUUCGUUCCUCUUUAGAAUCUUUAACAUUAAAGAAAAGAAAAACAAGAAUUACAAGACAUAUACAAUUUAUAUAGAUAGCUGAAACUACUGACGAUCAACGAUGAGUCUUGUCGAUAUGAGAAUCGACAUGGAUGAUUAUUUGCCUAAGGUUUCCGUUGGCCACCACCGGCGCUCGAGUUCUUUGCCUUUGUCCCCAUUUACCAUAGUCGACGGAGGUUAUUCUCGGAGAAGUAGCGUUUCUUAUUCUAUGCUACCUGAGGAACCUCUCAAGCUCUCUAUUCUUAAAUUGGAUGGCUCGUGUUUCGAUGUUGAAGUUAUGAAGUCAGCUACGGUGGCAGAACUUAGACAGGCCAUUGAGGCUGUCUUUAGUCAUAUGCCUCGAAAAGGACCAGGCAAGAUCUCAUGGCCGCAUGUGUGGAGUCAUUUCUGCUUGAUGUUUGAAGGUCAGAAGCUAGUUAGAGAAACUGACUACAUUGGGUACUAUGGCAUCAGGGAUGGUGAUCAGCUUCAAUUUAUCCGGCACAUCUCAACCAGUUAUAGCAUCAGGAAGAAGAGAUCAAUGAAACGGAUUUCUGCUUCAGAACAACACAGAAACUCUCUAUCAAGUCCAUAUAUCUAUGAAGAGAAAGAACACGAUGGCACGGAAGAUGAUAGUUAUGAUGUUGAGAACGGGGUGUACAAUGAUAACAAUGACAUAGAUAACAUAUUUAAACACAAGGAGUCAAGGUGGGCUGGCUUCAUACAACGGUUAUUCCCCUACUCUAGACUGCCAACGUCAGAAAGAAGUUCGAAGGGUACUUCUUCCCCAUCUAGAUCCGCCUGUGGUGUCCUGGGCAAUUUUAGAAAGAUGAUUCAGUUUUGUGGUGAUAGUCAUUACUCUUAAUGGGUGCACUAAUGAUCAGCUUACCAUAUGCAUUAGUCAUGUUGCUUCAUUUGGAUGGUAAAUGUUUACCUUAAGAUCAUAAGAUCCCAAGUCUCUCAACCCACUGUUCAUGCCAUGUUCAUGUCAAAAUUUUGAUUAUACCAAGGAUAUUGGUUGAAUUGUUGGGUCAAUAAAUCCAAAGUUUAGAAUUA